AAGAAAUGAUAUAUAAACAGUGAUUUGGUAGUUCGUACUUUGAAGUGGAUAUUGGCAGACCCCGUGCACCCAACAUAAUGAAGGUCUUCUUCCUGGUUUUAGUUGCGACAGUAUACAUCGCUUCGGCGUUGCCUGUAGAAGAACAGAGACAGAAACAUGUUUAUUCGCGUUUCAUAGAAAUACCUGAUGAUGAAGGCAACAUGCACUUAGUCGAUCUAGAGGCGGAACCCGACAUGGCUGCCAUCGAAGAACACACAAGAAACCCUAACAAUAACGUCUACUUAUUGUACACUAGACGUAAUCAAAUCUUUUCUCAAACUCUUGUGAUGAACGAUGAAAAUUCGAUUAUAAACUCGAACUUCAACCCGAAUGAUCCCACAAUAGUAAUUGUCCAUGGUUGGAUCAGCAGCAGAGAAUCUGAGCCUAACCCUACAGUUCGAAGCGCUUUCCUGUCUACGUCUGAAGUAAACGUCAUCAGUGUAGAGUGGAGAGAGCUUGCUUUUAGCGACUAUGUGACGGCUGUUAACGGAGUACCCGCUGUCGGACGCGGAAUUGGGCAAUUCCUUAUCUUUUUGAAUAGAGUAACGGGAGCCAGAUUUGAUCAGAUGCACUUGGUAGGUUUUAGUUUAGGUGCUCACGUCGUGGGUAACGCUGGAAGAGAAACUGGUGGCAGGGUUGCCCGUGUUACUGGAUUGGAUCCUUCUGGCCCUCUAUGGAACUACAACAAUGAGCGUUUGAACGCUGAUGAUGGUGUCUACGUUGAGGCAAUCCAUACAGACGGAGGUGUAUUGGGCAUUGGUUUGCCCAUCGUCCAAGUGGACUUUUUCCCUAACGGCGGCUUUUACCAACCAGGAUGUUUGGUUACUACCCGUUGCAACCACGAUCGCGCUUGGGAACUGUUCGCAGUUAGUGUGACUCACGGUCACUUGUUUGGAAGACGGUGCCUUACUAUGCUCCAGGUCACCACAGACCUAUGUACUUCGGAUACACUUCAACUGGGUAACGACAAUCUAAGGAAAACGGGAAGCGGCAUGUACAGGGUCAACACCGGAAGUAGACAUCCAUUUUGAUAAAAUACAUUAACACUCUGAAUUCAAGGUUUCGAAAUCAAUAUAAAUAUUUAUAAUAUCUGAAUCCUGAUUUUUUAGUAACAAGGCGCAAUAAA